AUGUCAGCUACCUGCGGCUGCGUCGUUGUCAGGAGAUGUAUCUUUAUCUUUCCCAUGAUCCCUGAACCGUCUGCCUUAGGCGACCUGCCGCUGGGUGCCCUCACUGAGGCUGUUUCCGCGGAAAGCGCGGCUGGACCAACAUGUAGUUCAGCCGACGAGGUGGACGAUGACUUCUCGAUCCUCAAAUAUGAAGACCCGGUUUUGGCCAGGCCCGAUAUCGCGUUUGACAUGAGAAUGGGUCACGACAGCCUCCCUCAAUACAUUUCACUAUACGCCUCUGACGAGCGCCGGCCUGACGAAGCCACACAACGUCUCGCCGGUGUUGGCGCAGCAGCACCCGGCAGUACGAGGAACACAACAAGGCGUCCCCGAGGUGGCGGGGAUGACAUCACAGCCGUUCUCAAAGCGAUACUACCCAACAAAGAGUACGCCGAUGCGGCGGGCGAAUGGGUUCAAACGGUUUCCGGCACCGUGCGGUCGAGAGGGGAGCUCGAAAAGGUUCAGAACAAAGUAGAGGCCCGGUUGGCCACCCUGCAAGCGCGCCCAGGAGCGGUAUGCGCCGUGCGCGAAAGCGUAUUCUCUGAGCUAUACGACGAGGUCAUUCGCGAGAUCACUCUUCAAAGUCCGGAGCGAGGUUUGCUACUCCUACGGUUGCGCGACGAAACACGCAUGAAUCUGGACACUUACGCGGAGAUAUAUAGGUGCCUCAUGUUGCCCUCUUGCCUUUUCCAAAUGAAAAAGUCGGUGUUCACUACUGAACUGCACAGCAUCAUCUUUGAUAGAAGGACAGUUAUCAACUAA